AUCGCUCGCGCCUUCGUAUCAGCAGUAACGACCAGCGAGGGUUAGCAGUUAACCCCACGCCACAGCAACGCAAUGGCCGGCGCCGAUGCUGAGCUACGUCGGGGCUUCGACACCCUCGCCGUCACACAACCGGACCCCUCCGCCGCGGUCUACGAGGUCCGCCUCAACCGCCCCGCCCAGCGCAACGCGCUCAGCCCGGCGGCCUUCGCGGAGAUCCCGCGCGCCAUGGCGCUCCUGGACCGCCUCCCCUCCGCGCGCGCCGUCGUGCUCUCCGCCGCGGGGCCUCACUUCUGCGCGGGCAUCGAGCUUGGGGGCCCCGGGAACCCGCUCACCACCGCCUCCGCGGGCGCCGACCCCGCGGCCGCGGCCGAGGGCCUCCGCCGCAAGAUCCUCGAGAUGCAGGCUGCGCUCACGGCGCUCGAGCAGUGCCGGAAGCCGGUCAUCGCGGCCGUGCACGGCGCCUGCGUCGGCGGCGGCGUCGACAUCGUCGCCGCCUGCGACAUACGGUAUUGCUCCAGGGACGCCACGUUCGUGGUCAAAGAGGUGGACAUGGCCAUCGUCGCCGACCUCGGCGCGCUGCAGCGCCUGCCGCGGAUAAUCGGCUACGGCAACGCCGCCGAACUCGCGCUCACAGGGCGCAAGAUCACCGCCAUGGAGGCCAAGGAGAUGGGGCUGGUGAGCAAGGUAUUCAAUUCCAAGCAAGAGUUGGAUGCCGGCGUUGCAAAGAUCGCCAGAGAAAUAGCUGAGAAAUCAGCAUGGGCUGUGAUGGGGACCAAGGCUGUUUUGCUGAGAAGCAGGGAUGUGACAGUAGAACAGGGCCUGGAGCAUGUGGCGACGUGGAAUGCGGCGAUGCUGAGAUCUAAUGAUCUGAAGGAGGCCAUCAAAGCCUUCCUGGAGAAGCGGAAGCCUGUGUUCUCCAAGCUGUAAUGAUCAAAUACCAAACUUUUACAUAACAGUGCUAUGUUCUGAAACGGAAAGAAUAAAGUGAGGUGUUAGAAUUGGACAAGAAGGACCAUCUGUGGUAGCAACUGGUAAAGUAUCCAUUCUUGUCAAUGGAGCUUACCUUGUUGGGAUCAAGUCGAACCAAAGUUGUUUCGGUUGAUAUAUGUCAGAUGA